AUGCUAGAUUUAGUAGAGAUUGGAAAAUCCGAUUGGCGUGUGCGUAAACUAGGACUGAUUAUAGUGGGUUUGUGGCUGGGCUGGCUGGGAUGGGUUGGUGCCCAAAGCAGUGAUAGUGAAGUUGAAGCUGGGACGGUAAGUGAGAAUGUGAAGGAAGUACGGCGGCCACUAGAAAGGUUUCGUUUGGCCAUGCAUGCGAUGACGCCUGAUGAAAUUGUGUUUAUGCACCAGUCUCUUAUGAAGAUAGAUGCUAGAACAAAGAUAGGAACACGAACGGCAGAAGAGGAUUGGGAUGGUAUGGUUGAGAAACCGGAAUUGCGUUGGCGGAAAGGUGAGAAUGGCGGUGAUUGGGGUGUAUGGUUUGAUAAUUAUCAGGCUUAUGCCUACUUGAUUAAUGGUCGGCGACUUAAGUUAGUGCAGUUGAUGGCUGCCCUUGAGACGGACUACUUUACUUUGGACUUAAGCUGGCAGAUUGCGGGGUUGAAACCCAGUCGGCAGAAAGGCGGUCUUGAUAUGCCGGAUUUUACUAGGCAGAUAGAAGAAAUCGAGCAGCAUUGGUCGGUCUUUGAUGAUUUGUAUCAUACCUUGCUGAUUAAACCAUUGAGUCGGACUUAUUCAACUGAGUAUUUGGCUGGUGUCUUUUCUAAACUAGCUUGUCGGUACUUGCUGAUGGAAAGUACUUAUCUGAGAAUUCUGCAUACGAUUAGUGAUGUUUACUUCCAACAUUGGAAAGACUCGGAUGGAGUAGUGCUUGAACUGCCUUUAGUUAAUGUGACUAAUUUGAUAGUUGAUAUGCAGAACUCAUACCAGCUUUUAUUACGACUUAACUCAAUUAUGUCCUAUGACUCGUAUCAAUUGAUGGCAGAUAUGCUUGAGAAGACUAUAUAUGCUAUUGAGCAGCUGAAGAGUUUAUUGAAACGAGGGGCUGAGUCUUCUUUCGUACGGAAAAGACAAUUCUCGGAUGUAGUUGGAGAUGGGUUUCAAGAGGCGUUAGAUAAAGUAAACGAUCUUUUAGUGCCAUUACCGGAACAGGCUCAGAUUUUGGCCAAGUAUGCUAAAGUGUUGCGGGUCUCAACUGAUCUUAUUUUCAUAGCCCGAAAGUUACUUGCCAAUCAAGGGAAGUAUUCAUCGCGCGUUACAGUCAGUGAACACCUUUGGACAAGUGCUAUGACUAGCUUAACUAAUCUAACCCUGCAAAAGAAUGCCCAAGAAGUUAUAGCUACCUCGGCCUAUCCAUUUAAGCCAACUGUUCGGUUUAAUGCACCACCAACUAGGGCUAACCCUCAGUCCAGGCCAUCAACCUCUCCAUUGCAUUCCCGAUCUAAUCCUCGGCCUAGAUCCCAGCACUCAAGAAGAUUACAGCCGAGAACCAAUGCCAACCCGAGACCCAGAACAAAGCCGCGUGGCUUCUUUACUGAACUAAACUCAGCUACUCUAGCAGUUAAGUAUUUCUUAGUUGAUAACUUACUGCACCUACUAAUUAUCAAUAAUGAAGACUGCUACUGGGAGGUUGGCACCAUCCAUAUUUCUCAAUCUCGAUUUGCCCGCGACUACCUCCAACCCAAUGGACUUACUCAGAUUAUGUCUGAAGACCAGCUCAUGCUAGCUGACGACGUCUUAUACGUUCUUCUUCAAGGACUAAAAGCAGCUAUACCUGACAAACUCCCUAUUCCUACCACUCUUCGGGAUAUUGCCAAUUCCCGUCUUCUAAUCCUUACGAACAGUACGUAUACCGCACCCCAAACCUUCGCUUAA